AAAAAAAAAAAAAAACCUGAAUUUUGCUCUCAAUGGAGUUCAAUCCAACGCCGACACAUUACAGCGGCGAUAGAGGCGCCGGCGGUAAGUUCAGGAAACCCCCGGCCAGGAAACCUCCGUCGACUCCUUACGACCGUCCGCAAACAUUGAAUCGGUCGGGUUCGGGUCGGGUCGGGUGGUUAUCGAAACUAGUUGAUCCGGCUUAUCGUAUUAUAUCCGGUAGCGCCAACAGGAUCCUCCCGGCGUUUAUAUCUAAUGCAAUUGCUGGAACUCCUCCUCCACUUGAAGAUGAAGAAGAUCCAGCAACAAUACAAGAUGUAGGGAAUGACGACAAAUGCACUUCAAGUUACGUGCUAUCCAGAUCUGCUGAAGGAAAGAAAGAGGAUCCAAGUAUGGGGAAAUUGAAUGUGAUCUCCGAAGAAGAGAAGCUGGAAGGAGAGAAACCAAAGAAUUCCAGAUCUACUGAAGGAAAGGAAGAGGAUCCCAGUAUGGUGAAAUCGAAUGGGAUCUCCGAAGCAGAGAAGCUGGAAGAAGAGAAACCAAAGAAUUCCUCUGAUAGCGGUGAAAUUUCCAGAAUUGAGCGAUUGAUGCAGGGGAAAUCAUUUUCGAGGGAUGAAAUAAUGCGUUUGACAGAGAUAUUGAACUCAAGGGUUAUCGAUGAUCAGGAAAAGAAAGCUAGUAGAACAGCUGAAGGAGAUAUUGGAAGGUUUGAUUUAACACAUGAGACACCUAGAAGACCAAAUGACAGGAAGCAGGAUGAAACAGACUUUGCUAUGCCAGGAACUUCAACACCUCUUCCCCAAACAAAUGUACGAGAUGAAGUUGGGGCAUCACCAAUUGAUAUUGCAAGAGCUUACAUGGGAAGUCGUAGGUUAAGCAAGGGGAAUGAUUCUUAUGGGUUUGUAUCCAAGGGAGAAGAAGCUCCUCCACAAAACAGGUUUCAUCCGCCACCUACGCCUAAGUCAUCGACUUGCUGGCCCGCUGCCAUGGUGCAAGAUCCGCAUGGCCAUUUUACUCCUCAGAAUCAGAGAGGACACAUUGUUGAUUUCCCGAGGACCCCAUACUCUAGAACUUUAUUGCCGAAAUCUAGAGAUAGGCAGACUCAGUCGCAGGCUGGUAGCAUGUGGUUAGAUCCCUCAGCAAAACCCUUCCAACAAUCUCAAUCAUCAAUCUACAGCCAGGAGAAGACUAGGACUGAUUUACCUCUUCCAAGCUAUGGAUCUGCGGGACCGAUUCGGCGGAUACGGAAUAAAUUUGGCUCAGAAUCUCGCCCUAGGAGAUCUAUUUUCCUGAAUUCGCCAAAUGCUUCUUCACCUUCAGAAAAAGUUGGUGCUUCUAAAUUGUUCUUGCCUCCUGCUGGAAAGAAUUUGGAAGUUGGUCAGACUAGUGGUGUCGAGAAGUCCCAGUCAGUGGAUCAUAGAGUAGGCAGGUCUGAAGAAGCUACGCCGCACAUAAGUUCUUCAAAUGAGACUGUAAGAAAAAUAUUAGAGCAACUUGAUAGACACAAGCCAACUCCUGCUGAAAAGGAAACUGAAUUGAAGUUGGCCAGCGAAUGGAAGAAAUAUCCCCGCAACGAAAUCUCUGAUUCCACUCCAAAUGGUAAAAUGAAAUCAUCACAUUUAGGAGAAUUUGGUAUGCGUAUGAACAAUAGUCUGGCAGCUAACCAAUCCUCCAAGGGAGGAGAUAUUGGAACAGUCAAUUGCGUGGUAUCUCAGGAGCAAACUCCGCGUGAAGCUGACACUGCUACGGAUGCUAGUGCUAAAGCUGCUAGUAUAGCUAGUGUGUUUGGUACGGCGACUAAAGCCGAUACUGUGCCUUCCUUCACUUCUAAGCGUGCUGAUUCCCAAGUUAAAAGUUUCUUUUCUGGUUCUCAGACUCCAAGUUUGCGCAAGGACUCCAUAGGCACUGAUGAUGGUCAGAAAGAUAAAGGUGCUACUCCACGGUGGCCUUUCCAUAAUCAAAGUAAUGGGCAGAAUGCUGCAACAUUAUCCAACUCCACGGGGUUUGAGCUACCAAGAAGUGCUCCUGGACAGGCCUCUGGGGCAAAACCUAAUUUGGCGUCCAUUUCCGUUAAUAAGCCCAAUCCUAAUGGGUUUGGAUUCACUUUUCCAAUCCCUGCAUCAUCUGGUGCACUCUCAGAACCACCAACACCGUCCAUCAUGCCAUCAUCCACGACCAGUGUCCUCUCUCAGCCGGUGGAUGCAUCCACAGCUCCAGUAUACAGCUUUGGCACUGGAAAAUCAGCUGAACGCCUAGUCUUCUCUUUUCCUUCUACGAGCAAUGCAUCUGUCCCCGUGGAUGCUUCAGAUCUUAAGUUUAGCUUUGGAACAGACAGGACAUCUAGACUGUCUUUUGGUGCAGUAGGAAAAGCAACAUGCUAAUUGAAGCUUUGUCAAUGAUGGGAACUUUUGUUUCAUAAUUUUUUGUGUUCUCACCCACAUUUAGGUUCUUGAUACUUGUCAUGUGCAACAGCUUUCUUUUUAGGAUAUGGAUCAAUACUAUAUUAAAAAUUUUAGUAAACACAUGAUUGCUGAUUGA